CGACCGCAAGGCGUUUAGGGGUUUUCGAGGGCCGGGCGAAUAGUGCCGUCUGGAUGUGUAUAUAAGCUGCCGGAUUCGGCCUCUGCCAGCGCGAAGGACCGAUUCGGGAGUUGUUCUCUGCGAGCUACACAGAUAAAGAUAAAGAGAGCAGACGCAAUCAAUCAUUUGCCUUUUUUUCUUGAUUGACAUUUGUCACCGAUAAGGAAGAGCUAGAAGAAGAGACGAAUCAGAAGAAAGAAUCUCCAAAGAGGAACCUACCGCAGUCAUGAUGCCUUCUUCAGACCCCCUCGCCGGCCUCAACGUCUCCAUCAGCCAGGGCAGCACCACGCCGCCCACCAUCGUCGCCACCGUCAAGAACAACAACCCGCACCUCGUCACCAUCGCCGCCUACCAGUCGCCCUUUGACGGCCUCAUCCUCGAGACGGGCAACCUGUCCAUCGUCCCCGGCGGCGCGGCCUCCGACGGCAACGACAGCGACAACAGCAGCAGUACUUCCGCCUCCAAGCCGCUCUCCUACCCGACCAUCGCCCUCAAGCGCGCCUGGCCGCCCCCCAGCGACAGCCUCGUGACGCUCGGCCCGGGCGAGAGCCGCACCGCCGAGAUUGUCAUCCGCCACCCGGUGCCGGUGCGCCAGCUGGGCAGCUCGGCGACGGUCAAGCUGAGCGGCCACUGGAUGUCCGUGUGGAAGAGGGCAAAGGAGGAGAUUGGCGAUGCUGACUGGGACGAUGUGUCCAACCCGGAUGAGUUCUCGGGCGUGUACGAGUCCAACAGCCUGGAGAUUCUGAUUGCGUGAUUAUCAUUGAUGACGACCUUUGUGCGACUUUUGAGAUUUUGUAUGCAUUGCGCUUGUCUAGGAUGGCGAAACGGCGUUUCUCAUUUUGCUUUGCAUUUUAUCUUGUUGGAUUGGAGUGGAAGCAUUAUAUCGGUGGAUUAUAUCCGUGGUUGAUGGGAUUCGGUCAUUCACUUACACAGAAGGGACAGAGUCGGGACGCAGGCUAAACACGUGACUCGCCUUCAACCUUUUUUUCGUUGUCUGAUUUUCACUACUUGAUGAAGCUUCUCUGUACGGCAAACAAUUCGUUAGUUGAGCAACAUUGAAUUGAAUAUAUUACAUCUCAUAUUU